AUCAGUGUUGUAAGUCAAAUUUUGCCUUAAGUUUUUAAUUUUUUAAAAGGUGCUACACUCUGGUUAUCUGGUUUGAUUGGGUCAACUCAAAGACUGGACUCUUAUGCACUUGAUGCUUUUGUUUUGGGCAAAUAUUAAAUGAGGUGGACUGAUUUCUUAUUCUAUGAGUUUCUAUCAGAACCUGAGGGUGAAUGGAGUUGCUAUGGCCAGGCAGAUGUGGGACUUGAGAGAAAAAGAGGAAGGAAGGGGCUUUUCCCUUGCCAACACUGUUUCUUCACUGUUUUCCAUUGCAUUCAAUCUUUAACUGAUGAGUGUUCAUCUUUUUCUUUUUCAUUGCAAUCCUUUAUUCUCAUGCUAUGGCAUUUAUUAUGUUCAUCACUUGGACUUGUUUUGCACUUUUUGUUGCUUUUCGGUUGUUCGUAAUGGUGAUGAGGAUUGGUUGAGGGUUGGUUCUGUGGUAGGGCAUGUUGUUAGGACCACGGGCUUUCUUUGUUUGAAUUGGAUUCUUGGCUGUGGGUUUGAAACUGAAGUUGGUUGGUGGAUUUGAAUGGAAAAUUUGAUUGAAAUGCUGAUUUUGUAACUCAUCACAUGGAUAUACACCUUUUCAAGCAUCUAUUCCUCAAGUGAUGAAUCAACCUCUUUUGGCAUAUGACUUUAUAUGGUUCCUUAUAUUUCAUUUCUUCUGCAGUCAUCGCUAUUGUGUCAACCUGUAAGUGUUUGAUCUUAAUUAUAUUUAUAUGCCUCUAGCAUGAUAGUUUGUGAAUUUAUUAUGUCAGUUGUUUUGUUUCUUCUCAAUGAAAUGUCGUUCACAUCUCUGUUUAUUAUGAUUCAGUGAAGACCAUUGUCAAUGCUCUAGACCAUAUCUUGCUGCAACAAAAGAUAGAUCAUUAUUUUCUCCUACCUGUGUGUUUUGUUAUAUUUUUAUUUGAAUCAGAACUUCGGACAUAUGGUAAUCAGCCACAAACUGAAAAUAUUAAACAUGUGAUAAAUAUCUGUUUGUAAUAUUACUAUGCAGUGGAAGACGAUUCUGCAACAAGUGCUUGGUUGGUUUACGAAAGGAAGCAUGCAAUCUAACCCACAACGCAAGUUUCUCAUGCACCACAUUGCUUUUGCAAAAUUCUGCCAGGAAGGACACUUCUCAACUCACGAUCUCUCUAUAUAUAUAGUAUGGUUUUGUACGCUAGCUUUACGGGCAAUGGAGGACGAUCAAGGUCACAGCCAUGGAGGUGCGGUUGCUUCUUCUUCAGGUUACAGGGGUGUCCGGAAGAGGAGAUGGGGCAAAUGGGUGUCCGAAAUACGCGAACCGGGCACCAAAACCCGGAUUUGGCUAGGCAGCUUUGAGACCCCGGAGAUGGCAGCCAUGGCCUAUGAUGCAGCCGCAUUGCACUUUAGGGGCCAUGGGGCUAAGCUCAAUUUUCCUGAGCUGGCACCCAAUCUUCCUCGGCCCGCGAGCUCCGCUGCCGAGCACAUCCGACUGGCGGCGCAGGAGGCCGCUCUGCGGUUGACCCGGGCGCCAGAGUCAGCCGGCCAGUCAGGAUCAGGUUCUGGGUUGGGACCAGUCCGGGUCGGUCUGUCGCCGAGUCAGAUUCAGGCGAUCAAUGACUCGACGUUGGACUCGCCGAGGAACUGGACCGAGUUGGCUCAGACCGUAUUCUUAGACGAGUCAAUGAUCAUGUCUUGUGAGUUGGAGAUAAGUGACUGGGAUGAGGAGGAGGUUGAAGUCAAUGAGUCACUCUGGGAUUAAAGCUUAGGUAACAUGAAAACCAUACACUAAAAUAAUUAACAAAAAAAUAGUGUCAUUACCUUUUUAACAUAUGAUAUUAAUUGGGAUUUUUUAGGGUUGGGAGUAUAUGUAUAAGUUUGUACAAGUUCAUUCCAUUUGACAUGAAAUGAGUUGGUUUUUGAUGGCUCAUUUGUGAAGGGUUUUGGUGGGUGAAAAUGUGGGGGUUUAGGGGCCACAAUUUCCAUGUAUAAGUAGUGAGUAUAUUGAGAUGAAGUUUGUGUGGUGUAAGUUCUUUGAUAGUUGUUAUAUUUUAUGUAAUAGAAUCAUUGGAGUAAUCAUCAUUCAAAUGAGGUUUGUUUUCAUUAA